CCAAAAACAAAUCACCCGCCAAAUAAUGAGCGGAGCCGCAGACACCAGAAAUUCCCCAUCCAUCCCGACGACUGAGUCUCCCGAAUUUCCUCUUAAUUUAAGAACAAACAACAUUAAUUCGAUCUGGGUUUUCCUUCUCAGUGAAUCCCCCCCUUCGUCGCUCUCUCUCUCUGAACUCCCAGAAUUUCACGUAUCGAGAAAACAAAUAGAAAGCAGAGAGGGAGGCCACGAAAUCCACAAAUUGUCGUUUCUAUGGUUUCCAAUUUGGGAAUGGAGGUUCCCUGGAAAUCCAUUCUCAUCACCACCAUCCUCAUACUGCUGCAAUUACAAGCUUCCCAAGGCCAGGACGCCGACGCGGGCGCUGGCGGAGGGGGAGGCGGCGACGGCGGAGGAGGAGACGGCGGAGGAGGAGACGGAGGCGGCGACGCCGCCCAGAUAGCCCCGCCGCCGGGGCUGGCACGGUGCAACGGCGUGUUCCUGACCUACGCGUUCACGUCGCGGGAAAAAGAGUUCCCGCACGUGAAGAACGUGACGGCGCAGGCGUGGGCGUUCAAGUCCACGGCGGCGAUAUUCAACACCGGGGAGGACGAGCUGAAGGCUUGGGAGAUGUUCAUCGGGUUCCACAACCGGGAGAUCCUCGUCUCGGCCGACGGCGGCGCACUGUUGGACGGUGAUGAUCUGCCCACGUCGAUCGGGAAGGGGGCCACGUUUGUGGGGACCACGAUGCCCGAUCUGAAGAGCUCGAUCGACACGGCCGGGGAUAUGACGCAGAUCAUGGCCCAGAUUGUGAUCACCGGCACGCAGUUUGGGCUGAACGCGAAAGCUGUUCCCAUGCCCAGGACCAUUAAGCUCGUCAACGAUGGAUAUAAGUGCCCCGCUCCCAGAAAGAAAGGCAAAACCUACAUGGAGGUGUGUUGCAGGGUGGAUCUAAAGGCCAAGGCAAAGAAGAAACUGCCCAAGGACAAGAAGAUCAAGUUCUUCCCCCGCCGUUACGGCGACUUGGUUUUCACCUACGACAUCCUCCAAGCCUGGGGGAACAACUACCAAGCCCAGAUCACCAUGGACAACAACAACCCCCUGGGGCGCCUCGACCACUGGAACCUCACCUGGGAGUGGCAGCACGACGAGUUCAUCUACUCCAUGCGCGGCGCCUACACCCGCACCCGCAACCUCGCCCAGUGCAUCUACGGCCCCGUCGGCAAAUACUACCAGGACUUCGACUUCUCCACCGUCAGCAGCUGCGACAAGCACCCCAUCAUCUCCGACCUCCCGCCCGAGAAAAAAGACGACCCCAAGAUCGGCAAGCUCCCUUACUGCUGCAAGAACGGCACCCUCCUCCCUCCAAUCAUGGACGAGGAGCGCGCCCGCGCCAUCUUCCAGAUGCAGGUCUACAAACUCCCUCCCAAUCUCAAUCGAACCGCCUUCGAACCGCCCCUCAAGUGGAAGAUCAAGGGGAUCCUCAACUCCCAGUACUUAUGCGGUCCGCCCGUUCGAAUCGAACCGACCAACUUCCCCGACCCCAACGGUUUGCAGUCCACCUUCACGGCCUACGCCACGUGGUCGGUCGCCUGCAACAUCACGCGACCCAAAGCCAAGCAGACGCGGUGCUGCGUCUCCUUCUCCGCCUACUACAACGACUCGGCCAUCCCGUGCAACACCUGCGCGUGCGGGUGCCAGGACAACACGGGCUGUCGAGAGACCGGCGACCCCAUGUUGUUGCCUCCCGACGCGCUCCUGGUCCCGUUCGAGAACAGGACCAGGAAGGCGAUUGCAUGGGCCAGGUUGAAGCACCGCAGGGUGCCUUACCCGAGGCCCUGCCCGGACAACUGUCCCGUCAGUAUUAACUGGCACGUGAACUCGGACUACGCGAGCGGGUGGACCGCCAGGAUAACCCUGUUCAACUGGGAGCAGAUCCCGUUUCAGGACUGGUUCGCGGCGAUACAGAUGGGGAGGGCGUACCCGGGGUACGAGAACGUGUACUCGUUCAAUGGGACCAAGCUGCCCAGGCUGAACAAGACCAUAUUUUUUCAGGGGCUGGAAGGUCUGAACUACUUGGUGGGGGAGACCAACGGGUCGCGGCCCUGGGAUCCCAGGAUCCCAGGGAAGCAACAGUCGGUAAUCUCCUUCACCAAGAAGCAGACCCCGGGAAUCAACAUUCCCCGCGGGGAUGGAUUCCCGAAGAAGGUGAUAUUUAACGGCGAGGAGUGUGCGUUGCCGAGACACAUUCCGAUGAAAGGUGCGGGUCACAGGUCGCAUCAAGUCAGUUUGUUCACCGUUUGCGUUGCGGUCGCGGUUGUGCUUGGCGUGAUGGGUGAGCAUGGAUCUUAUGGGUUGUUGGAUCGAUGGUGAGGGGAGCGAGUGGGACGAAGAAUGUGUAGAAAGAAAGAGCAACGACGUUGAUAUGUUUUAAGUAUGUAAAACUUUGAUGAAGAAGAAUCUAACUGGGAACUGGAAGGAAAGAAAGAAAGGAUAGAUCAUGAUGUGGGUGUUUUUCUGUGUAUUGAAAAUAGCAGUACUGAUAGAUGAAAUGGUUGAUUUUCACGUAUGUUUAGUAGUACUGACACAAUCGAAUCACAAUAUGCACAUUCUGGUCACACCUUAUAAGCAUAAUUGUG